UAACGCGUCGGGGAGGUAUGUUGUUUGUUUGCCAAUUAAUCCUAAUCCGGGUAUCGUUUUAGGAGCCUCCAGAGAAAUCGCGGAACGCAGAUUCUUGGCACUAGAACGACGUUUAAAUGCCAAUCCGCAGAUGAAAGAAGCAUAUUCGGCGUUUAUAGACGAAUAUGAGAAGCUGGGUCAUAUGAGAAAGUUAUCGGCUCCAGUGGAUGAUUUGUGCCCGCAUUAUUAUCUACCUCACCAUGCAGUUGUAAAGGAGAAGAGUACUAGCACGAAGGUUCGGGUUGUCUUUGACGCGUCGUGCAAAACCACUUCCGGCUUCUCUUUGAAUGACAAAUUGCUUGUUGGUCCUAUCAUUCAACAAGACCUGUUCACGAUUAUGCUACGAUUUCGAUCACACGCCAUCGCUAUCACCGCAGACGUCGAAAAGAUGUACCGACAAAUCCUCCACGACAACCCAAAUAAAAACUUUCUACGCAUCUUGUACCGGAAGAAUCCAUGUGAACCUAUAGACACCUUCGAGCUACAGACGGUUACAUAUGGCACUGCAUCAGCUCCGUUCCUGGCAACCAGAACAUUGAAACAGAUUGCAUACGAUCAGCAAGACUCGCAUCCACUGGCAGUGAACUCGGUACUUCACGACUUUUACAUGGACGAUCUUUUGUCUGGGACAGAAGAACUAUCAGAUGCCAUCGAGAUGCGCACGCAAAUUUCUUCAAUGUUACAUUCGGCUGGGUUUUGUUUGAAGAAAUGGGCAUCUAACUCAGCAAAGGCCCUAUCAGGGAUUUCAAAGGAAGAUUUGGCAUUGUUUCCUACACAUGAAUGGCAAGACGCACAAGCAAUUUCAACGUUGGGUAUCGCUUGGGAACCGUUAAGUGAUACAUUUCGGUGCAGAGUUGAGCUACCACCAAUACCAGCUGCUCUGACAAAAAGGAUUACAUGCUCCUACAUCGCCAAACUCUUCGACCCUCUUGGCUUGAUUGGACCGGUAAUUCUCAUCGCAAAAUUGUUCAUGCAACAAUUAUGGGGGUUGAAGCACGACGGCAAAUCAUGGGAUUGGGACCGAGAACUCCCAUCAUCGCUUCAAGAUCAAUGGCAGAAGUUUCACUCGGCGUUAAACCUUCUUCGGGGUUUACAGGUGCCUCGGUUUAUCUCGCAGUACAAGGCUACCAAUGUACAAUUGCACAUCUUUGCUGACGCUUCCCAGAGAGCAUACGGUACAUGCUGCUACAUUCGGGCUGAGACGGAUCAACGUGUGACUGUUCAACUACUAGCAGCCAAAUCAAAGGUGGUUUCGCUGUCGAAUACCCACUCUAUUGCUCGGCUGGAACUUUGUGCUGCACGCUUGGCGACUCAACUAUACCACAAGGUUAGACGAUCAUUCAACACUUAUUCGGUUACUAUCUGCUGGACCGAUUCGAUGACUGUCCUGCAUUGGCUUAAUUCUUCUCCAAACCGCUGGAAGCCUUUUGUAGCUAACCGAAUCGCCAAGAUACAAGCCGAUACCGGAAUUCAGUGCUGGAAGCACGUACCAGGUGUUGAUAAUCCAGCAGAUGACGUCUCCCGUGGCUUGAAUCCAGAUAAGUUGUUAGCUUGUCAUCGCUGGUGGCAUGGGCCACAAUGGUUAUCAGAGACUCCGAAAAAUUGGCCUAACGAUCCACUUCCACUUGGGGAAACAGUGGUUUGUGAGGAAGAACGAUUGGCGACAUCACGAAUUGCAGCAAGUUCAAUAGUCUCUGAUUUCCGGAACACACUAUUCUCACGGUUUUCGGUCUACCACAAACUUCGACGGGUCAUCGCAUAUUGCUUGCGAUACAUUCAACGGUUACGUGAACAUAAGAGCGUAAACAACCAAAGAACUGUUAUCAUCAGCACUCAUCGAUCGGUUAAGGAACUGAUCGUUGCGGUUCCACUACUCACCGCAGAGGAACUUCAGAGAGCGGAAUUGCGAUUGUGUCAUUUAUCGCAAUUAGACACAUUUUACGAUGAUCUACACAACCUCGGACAUGGCAAGGAUAUUUCUCGGACUUCGAAGCUGAAAUGGACUUCUCCAUUUAUUGACUCACUUGGUAUCCUGCGCGUUGGUGGCCGGCUUAGGAACGCAAACAUACCCGAUGCUACCAAACAUCCCAUCUUACUGGAUGCAAAGCAUCCCUUGGCAUCACUUCUGGCUACUGCGUACCAUUUGAAAUUACUUCACGCCGGACCGCAACUGUUAUUGACGUCCCUUCGCCAGAAAUUUUGGAUAAUCGGUGGAAGAAGUUUGUCGAAGAUCACAUAUCAUCGAUGCCAUGUAUGUUUUAAGGCCAAACCAACGCUUGUGAAACAGUGCAUAGCCGAUUUACCGUUAUCAAGGGUUUCGCCAACUAUCCCAUUUGCUGUUUGCGGCGUGGACUACUGUGGACCAGUUCUGUUAAAGGCAACAAUGCGGAACAGGAGUCCCACAAAGGCGUACAUAGCUAUAUUUGUAUGUUUUGCAACGAAGGCUGUACACAUCGAGUUGGUGGGAGAUCUCACCACAACUGCGUUCCUCGGAGCACUACGUCGUGUAGUCGCACGUCGUGGAAGGAUUAAGGAACUACACUCGGACAACGCGACUACGUUUAAAGGUGCAUCACACGAACUCAAUCGGAUCUACAAAAUGCUGAAGUGCAACGAGGACGAUCGUGCACAAAUCUUCAACUGGUGUGCAAACAACGAGAUGUCUUGGAAAUUUAUCCCACCACGUGCACCGCAUUUCGGCGGUCUAUGGGAAGCAGCAGUGAAGGCGGCCAAGAAACACAUCAUCAGAAGUAUCGGAACCAUAAGUAUCACUCAAGAAAGCAUGUUAACACUCCUAACCCAAGUCGAACAAUGUUUGAACUCACGCCCUUUAACUCCUUUAUCUAAUGAACCAACGGAUUUAGAACCACUAACUCCUGCUCAUUUUCUCAUUGGUAGAAGUCUGCAAGCUGUGCCAGAGGUAGACUACAGUGAGAUACCUGAUAAUCGUCUGAAGGAAUACCAGUUGGUGCAAAAGAACGUUCGUAACAUCUGGUCCCGGUGGAUGCCUGAGUACCUUCAGCAAUUGCAAGCCUGCGCCAAGCACUGCAACGGUGCCUCGGUGAUAUUAAAGGAAAAUAUGUUAGUGAUUAUUAAGGAGGAUAACGUACAUCCUACGAUGUGGCCAAUGGGUAGAAUUGUAGCGUUACACCCAGGCAAGGAUGGCAUAGUGCGUGUAGUGACAUUACGUACAGCGUCAGGGAAACAAAUUGUUAGACCAAGCGUUCGUUUAGCAAUCCUUCCGAUUCCAAACGAGGAAAACACAUCUUAAUGUAGACACUACUAAUGUUCAGGAAAUAGUUUCAUGAAGGUAUUCAUUCGGAAUUCAAGCAAUUUAAAAAGAAGUCCCUUCUUUGGUGGCCGGAAUGUUAGGAUUUGCAUGAAAUAUCGAUUUGCAUGAAAUAUCAAAUUGCAUGAAAGCUAAUUGCAUGAAGGAUUAGUAAGUUAGGUGGACUAGUUAUUAUAAACGAACCAUAGUAGGAAUAAGAAUUGAAUUAUAAUUGACCAAGAAUAAACAGUUGAAUCUGAACCUUCGGCGGGACAACACUACACGUUUCACGAAAGAAAGUGCGAUUAUCGAACAGUUAGCGAAAAGUAAAUCCAGCUGGCGAUCGCGAUGAUUUUUCACCCCUGACAAUUGCAGCAAUCCAUUGUAGGUCAUGCCAUCGAUGAGAGAGCAUCCGGAUGAUGAAUAGUUGGGCAUGAAGUGGCGUGGUGGGUCGGUAGCGGCAAGCCAGGUAAUAGCUGGCAUGUUGAAGUCUCCAAACAGCAACAAGGAACUGCGUUCAGGAGCGAUGUAGAUCACACCGAUGAAUAGGCUGCAAAGAUGAAGUUUUACGCACACCCACAGGAGCUCAAGCGAUGAGAAAGCGUGACGUAACAUGAAGCUGUUUAAGGAAGCAGCACAAGCGAUGAGCACACCUCCACAACGAGAGUGUAUGCUGUUAUCAGUACUUCGGUCGCAACGGUAUACGUUGAAUUGCGUGUCAGCUAGUAGUGCGGUGGGUAUCGAUUCGUCGAGCCAGGUUUCGUGUAGGUGAAGCUCUAAGUUUGAAGCCAGUGCAUGCGUCGGCGGAGUAUCACGGAGAACACGUGUAGUUAAGGCAGUGGUGGCUCGGGCAUAGUGGCGUGGUGCGGUUCGGAGAGCGGCAGAUUCAGGUGGUUGGGCGACCACCAACGCGUAAGUGAAGUUGGAAAAAGGUCCUGCAAAUUCGUGCAAACAUGGGACCUCUAGCGAGCCUCUCGAUAGUGACGUUAGUGAUGGUGAUGGUGCGUGAUGCAGCCGGCGUUAGUGGUAUAUACGUUAACAAUCACAAGAUAGACAAGUUUGAGACGGAUCGUGUGAAACUGAUACGUCCCACGGACGUAUCCAACCAGGAGCACGCGAAUCAUGUCAGCAAAAAUGGAUUGCUAACGAAGGAUAACUUUACCAACGUCCAGCAGUACUACCAGUACCUGGUCGGGGAGGAUCCUGUCAACUACAUCGAUCUACUAUGGGGCAAGAAUAAAACACAACUUCCAUCGAUAUUUCGCAUCGGUAGUGUUUCAUCGGCCAGUAAUCGUGUAACGACCGCAGCGCCACCUAUCGCCAGUAGCAAUCUUACCCGCUACCCGGUAAACUAUUCCGAUGAUCAAUCUACAAUCAAAAACACGCUCAACAAUACGAACCUUGCUUACCACGGAGAUUACCAGCGCCCUCAAAUGCCUCAAUCAACUGUGGCGCCUAUGUUGCCUUCAAGGAAAUUAGUUUCUUCUACCCGGUCGCCAACAAAUCCUACCAGAAAGCGUAGAAAGAAGAAACCGAACACUUCUGUAGCGGUACCGGUCACGCCAGACCAGGUUUCACUACCUGCAGUACUCGGUGCACUCGGUGCACCACCGUCAGAUACAACCAAAGCAGAACUAACACCGGAGACGUUGUCCUUGUUAAGCCGCUACUACUCCUUCAGCUGCACACUGACACCUGUACAACCGUCGGUGUAUCCCACCCGAUCCACUCUCCAACCGGUCAGUACGACGCGCCGAACUAAAACACGCUACCUGACAAGUACACGGCCAACUACGGUAAAAACCACUGCUAAGCGAUCGAAACCCAACGCUUCGUCGAGUGGUGGGAAGCAGAAGAAACCCGUCGUCUAUGUGGAUCCACCCGUGAUAAAGCGUAUCGGUGGAAUGCUCGAAUCGGUGUACACUUAUAUGGAGAACGCUCUCACAAGCACCGAGUACGUGGAAGACUCCGAAGAGACGCGUGCCGUGAAGCGUCAGAAUGCGCAGAACUAUACCUCACUGAAACGGUCCAAAGUUAAGCGCAACACUUACCCGAAAGUGUCCGUUUCUGAAGAGAGUGAAUACGUUGGUAGUACAUCCGGUGAGAUGGAUGCUGCGUCGAGAUCCACACUCCCUGGAACCGAUCAAACGUGGCUACCGGUGGCGAAUGAUGCAACGCCUAAAAUAAUGAAACAAUUCACACCUAAACUGGUCACCAUUUCGGGACUACCUUCGACACUGAGUACCGAUGGGAACAAGAACAAGAUGACUACAAACAUUCAGGUGACGAGUGAGUAUACGGCGGCAACACCACCGACCGUUACGCUUGGGAAACCCCGACCCGACGACAGUGCGGAAUACGAUGAUAGUAGUGAGGAGGAAUCGGAAGAGGAUUACUUCGGUGGGUUCGGUGGAGGGUUCGAAGAGGCAGACGACGACGAUGAUGACGAUGACGAAGACGACGAGGACGAUGAGGAGGAUGGGGAGGGGUACGGUGGUGGUAGCAGUGAUCUAGUGCGUCCUAAUCGGCAGACAGCUCUGACAAACGACAAGGAUUACGAGGAGAUGAGCACACACGUGGAGCGUCCGGUGCGUAUAAAGCGUGUGAAAAAGCGACGCAGAAAGAAGCGCCCGGCCGUUAGUUACGAGGACUCGACCGACUACAGUGAUGAAGAUGGUUCAAGCGCACAGGACGACGAGUACGAGGAUCGAGACGAAUCCAAUGGUGAGGAAGAUGAUGAGGACGAUGAUUACGAGUCGGGUGAAUCGCCGGAAGAUGCGGAAGGGUUCUUCAGUAGGAUGUUCUCCUCGUUUGGUCGAUUUGUUCGUUCGCUUGGGUUUGGAGCAGCGGCACGCGGCACGCCGGAUGACUAUGAUGAGUACGAUGGUGGAAAUGCACGCAGCACAACGCCUCGUGUGCAGAGUGUACGGCGACGACCGACGCGUAGUACAUCGGGCGAUGCCGCACUAGCGACACCGGAUGAACGUUACACAUCGUCUGAGCAAGAUCCCUCCAAUUGGCUCCAAGGUAUACCGGGUUCUUACCUUAUAAAUGAUUUGGAGGAAGAGAUUGUUGAGCCAGUAGUACCCACCUUAGAGAUACCUGCGGCUAUUGCACCGUCCAGCUCCACCAGUUCCAGUUCCGGAUGGUUCGAGAUGAUGAUGCCUUGGGAUUUUUUCAACCCUUGGUCAUCGGACAUUGGAUCGUCCGAGAGUGUGGACGAACAGGAAGAGCUCGCUCCGAAACCACCCGUCAUCGCCGAUAAACCGCAUCCGACGGUCGAGGAAACCACCAAACCAACAUCUGCCUCACCAAUGUCUGGCUGGUUGUCACAGUUUUUCGGUGCAAGCACCACUAGAUCACCUCCUACGACCACUACACUCCCGAAACCCGAGCAACUGCUCUCAGUGUUGGCACAGUAUGUCGCACAAACCGCCUCGACCAAACGUCCUACAGUGGCGGGAUCGAUGUCCGACACGAUCAAACCAACAGCCCCAUCGUCUGUGUCCUACAGUAACUACCAACUGUGGCGCAUUUUUGUACACACCGAGGAACAACUGCAACGGUUGGAAGACUACCGACAAUCCCCGCAAGGGGUACGGCUUCAUUGGUGGAGCAAUCCGUCACUAGUGCGCCCUGCCGAUGUGUUAGUACCACCGGGUGUAAAGGGCGACUCAUUGCGUGAGUUUCUGGACGAGGAAGGACUACGUUACGAACCCACCAUACGUGAUGUUGGUCAGGCGAUUGCGUACGAAAAUCCACGCUUGACGCGUCGCGAGCAGAUGCAGAUGGAGCUCCGGAACGGACAUCCACUCACCUGGUACCGGUACCACCGGUAUGGGGAUAUCGUGAAGUUCAUGCACUACCUGCAGAGACGUUUUCCCCAGCGGGUGCAGCUACUGCAUAUAGGUCGCUCGUACGAAGGACGGCCUGUUACGGUGGUGCGUGUAUCGUUCGCAACACACCGUCCUAAACGUUCUCGGAAACCGGCCAAGAAACGGCCGGCCAUCUUUGUGGAGGCUGGUGCACGUGGCAACCAAUGGAUAGGACCAGCAGUGGCAACAUGGCUUCUCAACCGUUUGGUUGACGUACCUGAAACACUGCAAGGUGCAAAUAGUACACCAUCUAGCGAGACUGUUGACCUGAAGACGGUGCAAUCGUAUGAUUGGUUCAUACUGCCCGUUCUUAAUCCCGAUGGGUACGAGUACAGUCACAGGCACGAUCGGAUGUGGUCUAAGAAUCGUUCAAACCAAACACAACAAACACCGUCCGGAGUAGGGCAGGCACUGUUGUCAAGCGCAAUUAACUGGUGGAACGCUCAUAAGCCACAGCUCACGGAGGAGACCGAUUCGGAAGAGAUUUGUCAUGGUGUUGACCUUAACCGCAACUGGGCCUACCGUUUGCAGCAGGCAACCGACCCAAUAUAUCGCACCCCGUGCAGUAACAGCUACGCCGGUUCCGAACCAUUCUCCGAGCCCGAAUCUCGAGCAGUGCGUGAUUUUCUUCUAACGAAACGGCGCAAUCUACGGUUGUAUCUAUCACUGCAGGCAUACGGACAGGUGCUUAGCUAUCCCGAGCUGGAAAACGUUAGCGGUACGCGCGACAGCGAACGGUACGGGUUGGAAACGUUCGGCGAUGUGCACGAGAUGGCAUCGGUCGGGUUGGAUGCGAUGCGUACGGAGGCCGGUGAGUUUCUGUACAGCCUCGAACCGGAAGCUGGUCCACAGACGUACGGCACGGCUACUUGUUAUGCACGGCACGGUGCCGGUAUACGGUACAGCUACACGUUACGGUUGCCCGAUAAAGGAACGCACGGUUUGUUGCUGCCACCGUCGAGCAUCGUUCCGAUUGGGCGUGAUGUGUUUGAGCUGCUGAAGGGCAUGAUCGAGUACAGCUAGACUGGAUGACAGAUAUGUCAGUAAGAAGGCAGCAGAGAGGCUUUGUUUUAAUCGCAGAAGUAAGCAAGCAAGCAAGCAACGUUUCAUCACGAUCGUUCAAGCACGUACACGAUCGUUCGGUAAUCUGACAAACAGAUGGCGCUCGUAGCAGUGAGAAGAAUAUGAAACAAUUUGAAAUAACGGAAAGAUUUAAACCGGCUCCGCUAGCUUUGUAUUUAAGUACAACUUUAUGGUUAAAUUUAGUGAAUUGUUUCUUGCAUUGAUCUGCGUUUAAGCACAACCAUGCUUUAUUCUCCAGUGGUAGCAACUAGCAUAAAGAAAGGAUAAUUUUAAUGAAAACA